GCAUCUUUCCGGGAGAAAAGGCAAAGUGCGCUCAAAACAGAAGCCACAGCUCCUCCUGCCGUUAUUUCUUUCCUGACUUGCGAAUCCCACAAUAAACAAGAUGUGCAAAGGACUUGCGGGUCUGCCGGCUUCUUGCUUGAGGAGUGCCAAAGAUAUGAAACAUCGGCUGGGUUUCCUGCUGCAGAAGUCUGAUUCCUGUGAACAUCAUUCUUCCCACAGCAAGAAGGACAAAGUGGUGAUUUGUCAGAGGGUGAGCCAAGAGGAAGUCAAAAAGUGGGCUGAAUCACUGGAAAACUUGAUUAGCCAUGAAUGUGGGCUGGCAGCUUUCAAAGCUUUCUUGAAGUCUGAAUACAGUGAGGAGAACAUCGACUUCUGGAUCAGCUGUGAAGAGUACAAGAAAAUCAAAUCCCCCUCAAAACUAAGUCCCAAGGCCAAAAAGAUCUAUAAUGAAUUCAUCUCAGUCCAAGCAACUAAAGAGGUAAACCUGGAUUCUUGCACCAGGGAGGAGACAAGCCGGAACAUGCUGGAGCCUACGAUAACCUGCUUUGAUGAGGCCCAGAAGAAGAUUUUCAACCUGAUGGAAAAGGAUUCAUACCGCCGCUUCCUCAAGUCCCGAUUCUAUCUCGAUUUGGCCAACCCUUCCAGCUGUGGAUCAGAGAAGCAGAAAGGAGCCAAGAGUUCUGCAGACUGUCCUUCCCUGGUCCCCCAGUGUGCCUAAUUCUCACUUGGUGGUGUGGGGCUGAAAUGUCAAGACUCUAUGCCUGGAAAACCUGAGGCCAAAUAUUGAUCUGUACUAAGCACCAGUACUUUCUCCACAUUGUAACCUAAUAUUCAUGCUGCCUGCCACGUGUGAGUCACUCCCAUGUAAAAACCAGAUUUUGUUUUAGUGUUUUGGUGUUCAUCAGGGCGGCAUCUCAUUCUAGUCCAGUUUUCCCGAAUUUCUUUUAAGGUGCCAUGUGAGCAACUAUCUAAAUAAUGGCCUUGUAGGUCUGGAUUUUCAAAGAUCGUCGGCAGUUCUCUCCUCCCAACAGUCUGACCUCAGGUUGGUUGGUUGGUAUACUUCAUGUGACAUCCACAGGCACAUGUAUUCUGUUAGCCAGCACUUUCUCCAAACUCUAGAUGUUUAGAUGAGUUUGCUCUAUUUUGUGUAAGUGUGUGCAUAUAGGUACACACACACACGUACAUUCUAUAUACAUAUGUGUAUAUAUACAUACAUAAAUAUUUCUGCAAGAAUGGUUGGGGAAGACCCUAGGUGCUCAUAACUAGAGUGUGUGUACAUACUUACAUGCAUGUUCUGAUCCCUGGUCUUUCAUUGUAUAAUUGAACAGGGCAAACUGACUCAGCUCCCACACAGGCUAAGAAAGGCAUGCUAACCCGUGGAAAGUGCAUUCUGUAAAACUCCAUGGGUCUUGCUGGAGAAGCAUCCAAGGGAAUCCAUGCUUAAUUUAACCACUGACAGCCUCCAAGUUGAACAGUAUUCUAAGGAGCAAAUAUCAUAUAGAAUCUUAUACUUGACUGACGCAGCGCUGUCUCUGGCUGGUUAUCACUAGUGGCACUUUUGAGUCCCUAAGCUGCUGGCCUCGCCUUCUUUGCCUGGGUGCUUGCUGCAUGAGUCUCAGCAGCCGGGUGGUAUGGAGUUGGGAGUUGGGAUGCUUGAACUGGAUGAAGAAACGCACGUAGGGCCUCGCCAGCUCCAGCUACUAUAAGAUACUGGCUGAGUAAGGGCACAGAAUUUAAAGGUUAAUAUUCUUAUCUGCUGCUCUCUUUUCCUCUCCUGAUCAAGGUGCUCUUCUCAUUUUGCUUUUUCCAAGAGAACUUUAGCCAUCAGACGAGGCUCCUUAGCCCACUGUGGUUGUUUGUUUGAUUCUCCAUAAUGGCUCUAGGCUAUAUGCCUACACUGAUCAACCAGCAGCAGGGGAAAGAUUACAUUUUAUGAGAGGAGACACGUUUUCCCAAACUGAAAAGCCCUCCUAGGUUUCUCUUUUCAAGGUAGAAUCUUGUCCAUUCCAUCCAGAACAUCGGGGUUAAGAGAGACUGAAGGCAUUUCUUUCCAGGCUCUGAGACUAAACAAGAGGGAAGAGGAAAAAAGAGAAAAAGGAUGUCCAUUGUUAGAACUACUGUUCGGAACUUUUCAAGGCACAUGAAAUACUUGAAAAUUUCUCAUUUAUGUUAUUUAUGGUGUUGUUUUGUACAAUGUUUUUAUUAUUGUAUUGUUUUAUAAAUGGAGGUGCAUGAUAUCACCUGAAUUAUUAAUGAACGGUCAGGAAGUAAUUUUCUUCCCAUUCUUCUAAAACUACGGCCUUUGAAGUGCACACACAUGUACCAACUGCUUCAGUAUAAAUUACAUGCAUGAGCACCUUGUGGCGUUUAAGCCAGUAGACUGGGCUGCAAAAUGAAGACGCUGGAGUGUGUGUAUACAAAUCUCAUUGUGUUAAAGACAUAGGUUUUCUCAGUUGUACCCUUCUUGUCUCUCUGGCAGUCUUUCCUUCAAUGUCCCUGGAGUUUCUCAUCAGCGUCCCUUUGUGUUACACACAAUUCCAGUUUUGUCUCUGGUUGACUCCGGGAUCCAAAUGUAUAACUCUCUUCGUCUUGCCCUAUUAUAACUGUCAUGACUUUCAGAUUGUACCUGUACUCCCGAACUGCUGUCUCACGAAUAGGUUUGGAAGGUCAUUCUGAAUGAGAAGUAAAUUAUUUUAUGUAA